AUGCCCGCGGCUCCCGGCGGUACUAUCGCGCCCGGCACUUUGAAGUACAUGUGCGUGUGGUGCUUCAAGCGCUUCAGCCGUCCCUCUAGCCUACGCAUCCAUGAGCACUCCCAUACUGGCGAGAAGCCGUUUGUGUGCAAGGAAGUUGGAUGUGGAAGAUGCUUCAGCGUGCACUCCAAUCUGCGUCGGCACCAGAAA